AUGGCGCUAAUUCCAGCCGCUAAUAACGAAGAAAAAGAAGAAGAAGAAGAAGAGUCUUCUGAGGUGAGGAGAGAAGUUCGCGCUGCAAGUGAAGACGAGCAUCAGGAAGAGCUGAAAUCUGCAAAGACUGAGUUUAUUAAAGAGAACAGUGAGAACAUGAGUGAUCCAGAACCCUGCAGAAUGAAACACACUGAAGAUCCUGAAGAACAAAGAGACCUGAUGGAAGAAAGUGAGGAGAGUGAAGAACUGAGCCAAGUGCCAGAAAAGCAUCACGUCAAACCUGGAAAAAAAACUUUGAGUCGCUCAAAGACUAAAAAGACAUUUUUAAAGAAAAAAGACAAGAAAUCUACAACCUGCACUCGGUGUGAAAAGAGAUGUGUAUGUAAACAAAGUCUUGCGGUUCACAUGAGGUUCCACAUCGGAGAGAAGCCGUACACAUGUGAUCAGUGUGAGAAGAGAUUAUCCAGCAAACAACAGCUAAAUAAUCACAUGAGAGUUCAUACUGGAGAGAAACCAUUCACAUGUACUCAGUGUGGGAAGAAUUUUUCAUACAAAGAAAGUCUUAAUGUUCACAUGAGGAUCCACACUGGAGAAAAACCGUUCACAUGUGAUCACUGUGGGAAGAGUUUCACAAACCUCGCGCAACUUAAAGGGCACUCGAAUAUCCACACCGAAGAGAAGCUGUACACAUGUGAUCAGUGUGGGAAAACGUUUCUUUGGGCAUUAGCCUUGAAGAAACACCUGACAGUUCAUACAACGGAGAAACCACAUUCAUGUUCUGUGUGUGGGAAGAGUUUUUCAUGGCUGCUAAGUUUACGUAGACAUGAGAAAAUUCACACUGGUGUGAAAGAUCAUGUGUGCUUUGAGUGUGGGAAGUCUUUUAUUUCAGUGAACGUUUUAAAGCUGCACCAGAGAAUUCACACUGGAGAGAAACCUUACAAGUGUUCACACUGCGACAAGAGAUUCAAUCACUCAUCACAUAUGAAAACACAUGAGAGGAUCCACAGCAGAGAGAAACCACACACGUGUGAUCAGUGCGGGACGAAUUUCUCUUUUAAAACUCACCUAAAGCGACACAUGAGGAUCCAUGCAGUGGAGAAACCACAUCACAUCAGUCUGAGAUCACGGCCUAAUGGAAAAGAGCAGGAGAGAGAAGAACUGAUGAAAGUGAAGGAGGAGAGUUCAGUUCUCACGCAUGCGUCGUGGAAAUUCAUUCUCUUACAGGCCAAAGCUCUCCGGCUGUGUAGUGGAGCCUUCCAAACAUCACCUAUCCCUGCGCUGCAGGUGGAAGUAGGGGAGAUGCCUUUAGUCCUUAGGAGAAAUGACGGCCAUCAUAAUGGCAUUACAGUGGGUAGAGGAACCUUAACUAGUAUCCAGACUGGGAAAUCUGAAUGCAGGCAGGAUCUGUUUGACAAAGUUCAACAGAGGCUAAUAAUACAGUUCACUUGGGUUCCAGCGCACACAGGUAUUGAGGGUAAUGAGAAGGUAGACAAGUUGGCAAAAGAAGCACUGAAAGCAGAACAAACAGAGCCUCUGGACAGUUGCCUCAAGAAAGGGAGGCAUCCAACCCGAAGGACUGCGAAGCAGGCAGUGAACCACUCGGCCCGGAUCUCAGAGACGGGAUAUCCUGGAGAGUAUGACUCAGCAUAG